AUGAGCGGCCCAAUGCAGAUGCAGCAGGCGACGGCGCGGUGUGUAGCUGUUGUAGCCAAUGGGAAGAUGGAAUGGAGGUUGGGUCUGCCGUGCAACCCCGUGGGGUGGACGGAGAUGGCGGGAUUAGGUUCUGGAUGGGAAGGGUUUGGGUCGGGUCUCGGGUAG